GAUGCAGAGAGCUCCCACACUGAUUCUGAUUCCUCACAUCUUCACACCAUCACACAGACAGUCCGAGAAGGCUAAGUCCAUCGAUCGCCGAGCCCGACCCCCGAUUACCCAAUCGCCCUCGAAUCUGCUCCCGUCCCCAUUUAUCAACACCCCGACACCUCAUCAUCACCCAUCACCGCACUACACAUACAGCAAAAUGGUCAAGGCUAUCGAGUCCACCGAGGAGUUCAAGCAGCUUAUCAACUCUGGCGACGUCGUCGUUGUCGACUACUGGGCCACUUGGUGCGGCCCUUGCAAGCUCAUCGGCCCCCACUUCGCCAAGCUUGAGGGCAAGUUCCCCAACGUCAAGUUUGUCAAGGUCGACAUCGAGGAGCAGCCCGAGAUCGCCCAGUCCGAGGGCAUCCGUGCCAUGCCUACCUUCAAGGCUUACAAGGACGGCCAGGUCAUUGACGAGUUCACCGGCGCUGUUCCGGCCAAGCUGACCGCUCUCCUGGAGAAGGUCGCCGCCCCGUCGGCCUAGGUCUAAGCAGUGCAUUUCGGCCAUAUCCGUUUGUAGUACGGUCUCGUACCUCCGUCUGAAUCCACAGCCGAAUGGGACGAUGGUGAUGGUGCCGG